UGGCAAUGUUUUGUUUCCCGCCAUGACAGCACGUGCACUUUCUGUGGUAGAAGGCUUGAAGUUAUCGAAAAUAUAUUCAACAUGAGUGACACCGAGGAGCCGACUAUCGCUCAAAAUAGCGUUCUAACUAAGUACAAAACUGGAGCUGAAAUUGUAAAUAGAGUACUAGAAAAACUCAUUACCAGCUGUGUUGAUGGUGCAUCUGUACAAGCCAUUUGCAGAGAAGGAGAAAAGCUUAUUCAGGAUGAACUCAAAAAGGUUUACAGGAAAGAUAAGGACCUAAGUAAAGGUAUAGCUUUCCCAGUAUGCGUCUCCAUCAACAACUGCAUCAAUCACUUCUCACCUCCCAAGUCUGAGGACGAUGUUGCCAUCAAGGAUGGGGAUUUGGUCAAGCUGGACCUUGGAGCCCACAUUGAUGGUUUCAUCUCGGUUGUGGCGCACAGUCUUGUUGUGGGGGCAAACAAGGAUAAUAAAAUAACUGGCCGGAAGGCUGAAGUGAUGCUUGCAGCUCACUAUGCAGCAGAGGCAGCACUUAAACUAAUGAAGCCUGGCACAGAGAACUCGGCCAUCACCAGCGCUGUUACAAAAAUCGCUGAUGUGUACAAAUGCAAUCCUAUUGAAGGAAUGCUAUCCUUCCAGUUGCAACAGAACCGCAUAGAUGGAGACAAGAUGAUUCAGCAGUUACCUGUUGGCAGUGUACGCAAAGAUGUGGAGCGAGCGACCAUCGAACUGAAUGAGGUCUAUGCUAUUGAUGUCGUAAUCUCUACAGGCAAGGGACAGGGAAAGGAAAUGGACACCAGAGUUUCUAUUUACAAGAAAACUGAUGAAGUAUACAGCCUCAAACUUAAGUGUUCUCGAGAAUUCUUCAGAAAGGUGAGCAAAGAGCUCGGUCAUAUGCCCUUCAAUCUGCGCGUAUUUGAUGACGAGAAGAAAGCCCGCAUGGGCGUAAUGGAGUGCGUGACCCAUAAGCUGGUGACACCGUAUCCCGUGCUGUGGGAGAAGCCAGGCGAGCUCGUAGCCCAGUUCAAAUACACCGUCCUCAUCACCGCUGAUGGACCUCAGCGGAUAACUGGCCUGCCUCUCGAUGUCUCGCUCUGUCAAACUGAUAUCAAGCUCGAGGACCACCUUGCUGCUCUCAGUUUGGUGACUGGUGAAGAGAAGAAGGCCGAAGAAGUUCCCGCUGCUGCCGCACCAGCGCCUGCGCAGACGUGAUGACUUGGGCUGCGUUCUCGAUUGCCAGUUCACCGCGUCCUGAAAAGCAUUUCUCUACACUUGUCCACGUAGUGCAAAACUCUUGACGAUCCAGCUAUUUUCUUAUUUAACCGAGUAAUCUCAAACCUGGAAUUAGCUUGCUGACUGACUCAAUUAAUUUGAAUAUUUCCAAGCUAAUCUUGCGUCCCGAAUUUUUUGGGAUCUUUAUUCGAGCAGCUCGUGUUUUAUAAAUCACGAUCAUCAACAUCGCGGGCAAACCUGUUUUAGCUUGAUAUCACUCGUGCUCUUAGCUGGCAAAUACUUAGUUAAUCCUUGACAUCUUGAUGAGCUGAAUUUUCAAGACGAGUUUCGGUCAGCUUGCUAUAGCGCCUGUCAUUCCGUACAAGAAACUUCGUUGGUGUGAUUGGUGAAUUCUGCUCUUUUUAUUGCACGUGAAAAAAGACGUUUUCAGUAUAAAUCACUAUUAGCUAGCAAUUUUGUCUCUAAUUUGUCAGGCAUUGCAGUGAUUCGUGUUUUUCAUUUUGAAUAGUUUCUGUGACCAGUGUAGAUUUCGAACUAUGGCGUUCCUGAAAGUCCGUAUGUGCGUUAGUGAUGGACAUUUCGCUGUCAGUUACAACGCAGGCUAUGUUCUCAAACGACUUUAGUCCGUCGGGAAACGUCAUAUCACCAUUGGUCUUUGUGGGAAAAAAAUUGAAUAAGGUACUUUAGGCUUCUGUGCCUCGACAACUCUAAUUAUAGUGACAGUAUUGGUGAAAUAGCUCAGUAACUUGCUAUCGGCUUAUCAUAUUUAGGAAGCGCCAAGUUCUUGCAUUUUAACUCAAGAUCAGGUGGGUGCAACUAUGAUGAAGGUGCCCUAUUAAUGGUAAAAUUGUGUUGCUUUAUUUUAAUGCGACUGGUGUUACUAAUGCUAACUUUUCCUAUCACUGUUCACGAAUGUAUACACAUUUCAGAUUUUAAUUGAAAUACAUAUUUUUGAGCAUUCUAGUGCUAUUGACUCAACUUUUUAUUUGUUGUGAAACGAGUGAUGGGCUUGUUUGUUCCAGUUAAUGUCCACUAGUAAACUUUUAUUCUAAA